AUGGAGCUGGAUAUACCAGACACACCUACAGAUAAUUUAUAUCUUGCUCUAAUACAAUGUUUUGCUAUAAUAUUAUGUGGGUACAUAGCUGGAAGACUUGAAAUAAUCACCAAAUCAGAAGCCAAUGGUCUCAAUACUUUUGUUGGAACAUUCGCUUUACCAUCAUUGAUUUUUUUAUCACUAGCAAAGCUUGAUUUUUCGUUAGUAAAUUGGAAAUUUUUAUUAGCUGUUUUUCUUGCCAAGGCAUGUGUGUUCCUGGUGGUUCUCGGAGUAUCUCUGAUAGUAACACGACCAACAAAUCCAGGUCGAGCUGCACUGUUUGCAAUUUUUGCUACUCAAAGUAACGACUUUGCCAUCGGAUAUCCGAUGAUUGAUGCUCUCUACGGCGAUACUCAUUCUGAAUAUGCAGCAUAUCUUUACCUGAUGGCACCGAUAUCACUGGCUAUUUUAAAUCCAAUUGGUUUUAUUUUACUAGAAAUAGGAAAGCGUCGUACAGGAAGCCAGCAAUCAGGAUGGAAACUAGUUGGUUCUGUAGUUAAAGGCAUCGGAUUAAAUCCUAUAUUAUUUAUGACAGUUUUGGGAAUCAUCGGGAAUUUUAUAUUCAGUCAUCAAAUUCCAAAAAUACUAUCAGUUAUACUAGAAGUAUUUGGUAAUGCUUUUUCAGCAAGCGCAUUAUUUUUAUUAGGCUUAAUGAUGGUAGGAAAGAUUCACACUUUAAAAGGCCCAGCGCUUGUUAUACCAGGAAUACUGAUCUCGGUUAAAUUGUUAGCACUUCCUAUGAUAAUAAGAGAGUCUGUUAUUUUACUAAAUGCUGGAGUUAAUGAAACAGAUACGAGAGAUUUAAGUACAUAUGGAUUUUUAUACGGAACAAUACCAACAGCACCAGCGCUCUUUAUUUUUACAUUGCGAUAUAACAUAGACAUUGACCUCAUCGCAUCUUCUAUGGUUGCUUGUACUUUCCUGUCGGCUCCAUUGAUGUUUGUAUCUGCUAAACUAAUUACUGCUAUUAAUGACGGCGUGUCACCGGCCAAGUAUGCUCAACAGUUGAAUACAUUUUCAAUGGACGUGAGUGUUGCCUCAAUAGCUGCUUGCUUGUGGCUCUUCGUUUGCUUCGUUGUACUUGCAGGGAAGAGAUAUAAACGGCCAACUCAUCGGUGUACUUUGUAUUUGAUUAUCGCACAACUCGCUGUUGGCAUUGGUGUUAUAAUAUGGACUAAACUUGAGCCCAAUGAAAUUGGUUCUUUUCUUUGGUAUGUUCAAUUUGUUCUUAUCACCGUUGGUGUAUACGCAAGUAGGAUGUGGACAGUCGUGUUGGCAGGGACUCUGUUGUUUUUAAGCUCUCGAACGCUAACAUUUGUACAAAAUAUGCAGAAAUGGAUUAUGCCUAUUGGUUUUAUGGUACCUGUAUUAACUGUAGGACUUAUGUGUCUUAUAAUAUCGCCAAAAAAUCCUGAUGAUAUUGACUUAAGGAACCCGAAUUUUCAAUUCGGUCGAGUACAAGCAGCUAUUUCAAUAUUUAUUCUUUUAUUUUGUUUUAUAGUAACACUUGGAUGUUUAGUGCUACAACAAAGAUAUCAAAGACGUCAUCAUGCUGAAGUUUAUGCCAGUCUUAUAAAUAAUAAUACUGAUAAUGCGGAAUCGACGAUGGUAGAAACCAGAAAUAUUGUUGAUGUAGAAGAUUUAAUACCAUCUGGACCAGCAUUACCAGCAGGUAACUGUGUAUUAGACACGGGAUGUGGUUUCCAGCGCAACGGGGGAUGCAUUCAAGACGACUUGGUUGAUGAACAAGACUUUGAAAUUGAUCAAUUACGAAUUGAUUCAGAUGAUCCCCAAUUACUUAGACACUUAGUUCUACUCAUUUUUCUUUUAUGCUCUAUGUUUAUUGGUCUAGCUUUAUCGAUUGGCACAAUGAUAAUGGAACAAAUGACUGGCGUGUAUGCCGAGCUAGCUUUUCUCGACGUCGCAUUUAGUUAUGGACAAUCGUUGAUAGUAUUUGUGAUAUUUGGAUUAGAUCCAGGUCUUGGAAAAUUGGGAUCCUGGCUGAAGAAAGUUUGCAAAGAGUGGCGUACUCGCCAAAAAUUACAACUACCAGAUGAAGAGUCACUUAGCGCGGAAACUAAAACAAUUCGUGAACAAUUUCGUCAAUGUCAUCUGCACGAAUGUCGUCAAAGAAUUUCUAAUUGUCGUAGACGAUUGUUGAAAGUAUAUCAGGGCGUUUUUUCAGGUAGUGAUCUUGUUGAUUGGUUGUUGGAGCAGCGAUUAGUUCAGAAUCGCGAAGAAGCUGUGCAAUAUGGUCGUUGCCUUCUUGAGAGUAGAGUUUUACAUCACGUUGAUGGUACACAUCAUUUUCAUGAUAAAAAUAUUUUGUAUUCUUUUCGGGGCUAA